AUGUCGGAGGAACAACAGAAGAACUGCAAUAGCAACUACAACGACAACAACUUUGCCAGUAGUUCAAGUUCAAUGCAACAACAACAGCCAGCAGCACCUGCGCUCAUUAUUAGCGGCUUGAGGAGUCGACAUAACACGCACAUAACGAUGAUGAUGAUUCAGACAUCGAGGUCCUGGCAACAGGAAUCGGAAGUGGAGCAACGAAAACAACAUAAACAACGAUGGCGAACUGAUGGAGCAAACAUAUCAGCGGCUUACGACCGUUACAGUGAUAAUGACGAUGGCAACCACGACGGGGUGGUGCAUAAUGAAAACAACGUCAGCCAAAACAGCUCAACGAAUUUUAGCACUUCCGCCAUCCGACAGCGAGAACCGCAGCUCCCACCCACCGGACAGCAGAAACAGAAGCUCCGGAUAGCCUUCGCCGGACCGCACUCCUCCGUCUCCGGCUGGACAAUGAUGCUUGCCCUCCUCUCGAUUUCUGCCCUGACAUCCUCCGCCAAUGUCUCAACCACCACCAGCAGUUUGCCCAUCAACAUCAACGGCAGCACCGAUUACACACUCCUCUUCGGUGACUCCACCACCCCGGUGAUUCCUUCUCAGACCACAGGGAUCUCCGGGGUCGGAAGUGAGGCGGAUAUCGAGGACGAGGAGGACGCCGAGAGGGCCAGCGAGUAUAUCUUCGAUCGCACCGACAUCCGCAUAAUAUUCAUCACUCUUUACACAUUGGUGUUUUGCUGCUGUUUCUUUGGUAACUUACUUGUCAUUUUGGUGGUCACUUUAUCGCGACGACUGCGCUCAAUCACCAAUUUUUUCUUGGCGAACUUGGCAUUUGCAGACUUCUGUGUCGGACUCUUCUGUGUGAUGCAGAACCUGUCUAUCUAUCUUAUAGAUAGCUGGGUUUUCGGUGAGUUCCUGUGCCGCAUGUACCAGUUUGUCCAUUCACUGAGCUACACCGCCUCGAUUUUCAUCUUGGUUGUCAUCUGCAUGGAGCGGUAUUUCGCCAUAGUGCAUCCUAUAACAUGCAAACAGAUCUUAACUGCAGCUCGCCUGAGGAUGGUCAUUGUCACAGUUUGGAUUACAUCGGCCGUAUACUCGACGCCCAAGUUUGUUUUUAGCAAGACCAUUAAAAACAUUCACACGCAGGACGGCCAGGAGGAGGAGAUUUGCGUUCUGGACCGCGAGAUGUUUAACUCAAAGUUGCUGGACAUGAUUAACUUUGUGCUUCUCUAUGUAAUGCCGCUUUUGGUAAUGACGGUGUUGUACAGUAAAAUCGCCAUUGCCUUGUGGCGCAGUUCACGGGGCCUCACACCGCAUGUGGUGCAGCAUCAGCAGCAUCAGCCGCAGCAGACGUCCUGCCAGGACAGCGGCAUGGGCAUGCACAACAGCAUGUACCACCACCACCAGCAUCAGCACCACCACCACCAGAUGCACCACCAGCUUCCCCCCGCGGCGGCGUCAGCAGCGACCUCGGCAGGAGUUGGAGUGGGUGGAGGUGCUGGCUCCUCACUCGCUUCCGCCGGCAGCAGCACCACGUCCUUGUCCCGCAAACAGAGUAGUAAAUAUGAGAAGCGCGGCGUCAGCAUCACGGAGAGUCAGCUUGAUAAUUGCAAGGUGUCCCUGGAGGCCGAUCGUCCCAUUGUCAGCGCCUGCCGCAAGACGAGCUUCUAUCACCACUCCCAUGCGCAUCACCAGCGCUCGGGCACCGCCUCGGGGGGCGGAGGUGUGGCCGGAGGAGGAGGCGGAUCCACCCACAUGUCCCACUCGUCCAGCAAUGUCCUUCGCGCCCGGCGCGGAGUCGUCCGUAUGCUGAUAAUAUUCGUGCUGACAUUCGCCCUCUGCAAUCUGCCGUAUCAUGCCCGCAAAAUGUGGCAGUACUGGUCACGUUCGUAUCGCGGUGAUUCCAAUUUUAAUGCGCUGCUAACGCCGCUCACCUUUCUGGUCACGUACUUCAAUUCGGGCGUAAAUCCCCUUCUCUACGCCUUCCUGAGUCGCAAUUUUCGGAAGGGCAUGAAGGAGCUGCUGCUCUGCUCAUGGAAGAAGGGCAAGGGCAAGUCGUCCUCGAACUCCUCGAUGCACCACAAACGCAAGGCGCUGCAGACCCACUCGCUGCCCACGGACACCACGCACAUCGGGAACGAGCAGCUAUGAUGGCCACGCGGCUGGAGGAGGCCACUCAAGCUCUUCGGGCGACGCUCUUAGGACCCAGCCCAUCGAAGGAUGCUCCAUGCACUUCCGGUCCGUUAGCUAGUUAUUAUUUCAAUGUGAUUUCGCAAAGCCUAUUGCUCGGAUCGAAGCGGAACUAUCUCCUAGCCGGUGUCAAGUUGUAUUGAUAGAGUAAGCCAGUUUUUAAGGUAAAACCAAAUAAAAUAAAAUCAAUUUGCAUGCAUCUCCGUGAGCAUCACUGUCAAGUUCUUAGUGUAAGGAUAUGAGUUAAGUGUGAGUCAGAACGAACAAAUAAAAUAAACAAAACAGCAAAGAUCA